UUUUUAAUUUGUUAAAUUUUUGAAGAAAAAAAUAGUUUUAAAAUAUGUUUUUAAUAUAUAAUAUGAGGCCUGAUAUGUGAUUAUAAAAUUAUGUAGCUCUCUUGUAAAAUGUAAAUGAAUGUCGUAUGGACUAUGAUCUGUGAAAUAUUUAAAAUGGCUGCGUCCUGUUACUCAACACGAAAUUUCGUUCGCGUCCUUGCCACACAUUUUAUUUCCAUAUCAGGUAAGUGGUAUACAAUGAUCAUUGACAUGUGCUUGCAAUUAGGUUAGGGUUUGUAAUGUAAAUAAUAUAUUGUAGUUAUAUUAAAAUAGACCUACUUUUAUUAAAAAUAGUAAAAAUGUUGACAAUAGUUUUCUGACAAUAGACAAUAACAAUAAUAAUAAAAUAAUAAUAAACAAUAUGACAAUAUUGACUUGAAAUUUAGUUUUUUAACUUUUGUCUUGCCUACCGGUACUCAAUCACUCACCCAAUCUUGCUGCCUUGUCUUGUACAACAAUUCUGUCAGAAUCGAAAAUAAACAAUACAAUAGUAUUUAUAAUUAUAAUUAAUAUAAUCUAACUUCUAACUUGGAUCUUGCCUUAAGUAAAGGGAGCGGGAGAGGCUGUGAUCUGUUUUAUAAUUAUUUCUGUUGUUUGUUGGCUGAUGAAAGCUUACUGCUGACGCGUUCGUAGUUUUUUCAGGUUUUACCUUACUUUCUUUUACUCAUUUCCUAGGCCUAGUACUAAAAAAUUUGAAAGUCUAGAUCUAACUUAGUCUUUGGGGCUUAGUAACUGUUGUUCAGUAAAAACUAAACUUCUGAAAGUAAAAAUUUCAUUAAAACAAAGUCAGUAACUGAGUCAGUCAUAGUCAUGUUGAUCAUUUAUGUGCAUCUUCUUCUGUCUGCUUCUCCUGAGAAAGUGAUGUAGUUGUAGGUAGAUGUAGUUGCUGAUCUACAGCGCAAGAUAUGAGGUCUGCCUAAGUUUCAUGCUGUUCAAAAAGAAUUUGAGGAUAUCUUACACUCAGUUAAUUUAAUAUUUACAGCCAGUGUGGUCUUUCUCUGGCUCUGAAAUGACAGUGCCUGCUUAGCCUGCUAUUGUGGGCUUGCAGUGCAGGUUAUUUUACACUCAGUGAUGUCAGUGACAGGCAUUUUGACCAGGUCAUUCAUACAUGCCAACCCGUGGAAUAAAAAAUCUGUACAAAAGUUUUAAAAAACUGUCUAUGCAACAGCAUUAAAAGCUGUCCCUAUGCAACAGCAUGAAAAGCUGUAACUGUACUGUGCUGUACAGGAAAAAAAUGAAAAGUAGAAAAAAGUAUAAUAUAUAACUUUUCAUUAUUUUUGUGAUAAUCACCCAUUCACUGCUCACACAUAUUAGCACAGCAUGUUAACAUCAUUCGUAAAUGGGUAUAUCGCAUAAUUUAAAUUUCAAAUGAAAAUAGCUUGUUUUAAGUCCGAUUUGUGUCAAAAAAUGUUGUCUUACACGCUGGUCAAUAGGAAUUUCAUUGAAAAUGGACUCAGAUGAUGAAUUUGAUAGCAAUUUAUAUGUAAUUAGGCAUAUAUUUCUGUUAAUUAUGCUAGCUGUAGAAAUACAGAUUCCUGUAUUUAAAUAAAGUAAAUAAAUUUUCUGUUGUGACAACGUUAUUGAAUUUACCAGCCUUAUAACUAGGGCUGUCAAAAAUUUGAAAAACAGAUAUAUCUUCUACUAAAAGAUCAUCAAUAUUACUUUCUACAUUAAUUUCAAUAAAUUCUGCAUCAAUCUGUAAUCUGUUAGAUGGUUUCAUUAUCUAAACUUGCUAGUCUAGUAAAAUUAAUUUGUUUUCCUGUAUAUUAUGACUAUACUAUGAGCUAGGAAAGACAUGUUGACCUUUGAACUCUUGUGAAUUUUGUGAAAAGAAGGUAGACCAUUCAGAUUCAUUUUUUAAAAUAACAAACUGUUCUUUUGAGAACAGCAGUAAAUUUUAGCAGAUGAGUGUAUGGUAGUUUAGUUGCUAGGUCCCUGAAGGACAUUCAAACAUGACAAUCCAACUAACAUGGCUGUGUCAGGCAUAGUAGACUAACGCAGUAGAGGGUCAAAAAACAAAAUUCUAUUUUAUAGCUUUAUUUUUAAAAUAAUUUCUUAAAAUCAGAUACCAAGGCAAUGGUCUGGGUAUUUAGCCUAAGGCAGGUGCCCUUUAACAGCCCUACUUAUAUAACUUUAUUUAAAUCAGAUACCAAAGAAAUGGUCUGGGUAUUUAGCCUAAGGCUGGUUGCCCUUUAACAGCCCUACUUAUAUAACUUUAUUUUUCAUUGUACCAGGGUUAUAAUUUAUUUUUACUCUAUGCCCUGUGUGGAAAUAAAGUGUUAAUUGGUAGGUUCCAGCUGGAGUAAAAUAAUAAAUACAAAAGGAAUAUAAUAGCAUACAAUUCUAGCUGACUUCUGCUCUAAAUAAUGAAUGCUUAUUAAACAAAGAAGAUCAUUCCCGCUUUUAAUUUUGGAAAGCGUAACAUGUAAAAUUAAGCCAAUACCCUAGAAAUAAAUAGGAUUAAUGACUAACACUAGUCAUUGAUAGUUAUACUAAAUAUAUUUCAUUAUUUAAUAUCAAUUUAAAGAGCACUAAUUAAUACUGCAGGUCUUGUUAAGAAUUACACAACUGGAUUUGUAAUUAUUGUUAACUACUCAAAGAAGUUAAUAACUUACUACCAUACUACAUCAUCUUAGUAUUAAACGAAUGAUAUCCAUGAAACUGUGCCGGUUUAUAAAUUUAGAUGACCUACUUCAGUUGGUCUUUUUGAACGGCCCAAUAGGAUUUAAGCUUCUUGUUGUCCAGCACUGAAUUUAUUGCACCGCUAGUUUUUAAACAAAAUGUCUUUUGCAAAAAUAUCUUUUUCUAAAUCCAGUGAAAAACCAUACAAUAGCCUGUAUGGCCAUACAACUCUGCAAACAUAUAAAAACCAUACAAAUUAUGGUAAAUCGUACAGGUCGAUAUGUAUGACUCAGUUAGCCCAACCAGGUAAUUUGCUGUUGGACCAUACGAGGGCAGAUAGGUAUGGUAAUAAUGAUUUCUCUCAUAUCGUGGCUCCAUAUACCUUCUAGUUUUACCAGCUGUGCCAUAUCACACAGGUUAAGAGUUUUUCUAGAGACGUAUAUUCUGAGCCCAGGUCUCGCAAUGGCGAGUAAGGGUUGGAAUAAAGACAGUACCAUAUCCUACCCCAUAACGCAUGUAAUGCGACCCACUUAUAAUGCCUCUAAAAAAGCCAUGUCUAGGUAAAUGUUAAUCUUGGUCCAUAAUAAUAAUAUGACUUUUUACGCCAGAAAGGUGAAACAAGGUUAUUAAACAGUAAACUCAAUAACUGUGUCAAGACGGACAAUAUCUAUUUUAGGAGAAUACAAAUAUUUAAAUUUAAUACUGUGUAACUUACUUUCUUACAGUAAGGAAUCUGUAUUAUUGGAGCUAGCAUAAACAACAGUGAAUUAGCAAUAAUUACAUCAAAAUUGAUGGAAUCCAAUUUUAAUAAAUUUGUUAAUCGAUGUAAAACUCAGAAUUAAAAGAAAUUUUUUAGUUAUUUUCAUCCAAACAUUGUGAUUUAUCUGUUAAGGUAAAAAGUUAAUAGCAUGUUAUAAUGUGUGUGCAAUGAAGGGGAGAGCAUUUAUAAUUUAAAAAAAAAUUAUUUUAAAAUUAAAGCAUAAAGUGUUAUCAGAAGAUGAAAAAAUUGGUUGUGUGCAUAAAAUGAGAAUCCUUAAAUUUAAGUAGUAUUUUUACCCUAAAUAUUUGCAUUGUAUAAUGUAUUAUAUAGUAAUUUCCCAGGAUUUUGCCUCCAUCUUUAUUCAUGGGUGUCUUAUUCACAGGGCCAUUUGGUAGCUUAGGCUGUGUUUGUCUUCUGCACUCUUGUCUCUAUGUUUCUGUCUAUUUUUCUAUCCUCAGCAUGUAUCAACAGUGUAGGCCUAAAUCUCAACUAUACAAAUAAUAGGACUACUAAUAUUUAUUACUUUAUUCACCUUAUUAAUAGUAUUUUUAAUUUUGUAGCCAAAUAAUUAGUAAUAUUAGUUACCGGUACUAAAAUGGUAAAGUCAUUAAAGAUUUUUUGCUAAACAUUGAAAUAAAUAGACAGUUGGCCUAAUCUUUGAAAACAUUAUUUUGCAUGCUUGUUGUAUCAUGUACAUUAUAUAAAUGCACAAAAAAAUCUUACCCAGAGCACCUGUAUGAUGUUACAAUAUCAUAAUUAAAACAUAAAUAUGAAAGCUAUUAUCAUAUGAGAAAGGAGGAAAAAAGAUUUAUUUAUGAUUGCUAAGUUUUGUGCCUAAAAUUGUUACUCAAUGGUCAUUUAGAAUAAAUUUGGGUUUUAUGACUUUCAAAUAAUAUAGAAUUACUUGUAUUAGUUGAAACAGCUUUGUCUGGAAGUUCAGAGUAAUUUCUCUGACAUAAAAAAACACCUCUCACAGCAAUCAUAAAAUGAUCUUUUUUUUACUUUCUCUAUUUCUCCUUAGGUUUUGAAACAUACUAAAAAGACAGAAUCAAGAAAGUUUGGUUUCUCUUUUCACUACACUGAAAUAAUUUUUGUCAUCUAAUAUUAUUGUAAAAUAAUAAUGUGGGCACCAGAAACUGCAGGGCUUGAGCCUCCAGAGUUUGAAAAAGUUGAUGAUCCCCAACAGGUUCUUGCACAAAUUAUUGAGUCUCUUCAGCAGAAGGAUUCUCACUCUUUAAAAAAAUUCAUUCUGGAACACAAGCUUAACGAUGAGAGCAUAUUUUGGGAUCUGAUCUUAAAAAUUGGAGGAAGCAUUGAUGCAGAAACUGCUGAAAACCAUCCAGGUUUUUUUGAUGUAUGCAACAGAUGCCUGCAGUAUUUGAUAAAAGUGGGUAAUCCCAAAGAAAUCUUGUUGGCGCUACUUGAACAGAUGGACAGAUUCAUUGAUGACACCAAGUUUAAGUGUUUCCUUCCAUUGAUUCAGACAACGGUAUUGAAAAUAACGACAAAGCUUUUUCAUUCCUUGGAUACUACUUUAGAGACCGUGUCUUGUCACCUGGAUACUGUUCCUGUCCCUGACAACAUUCAACUUGAAGGUGAAGAGAUCAAACUGUUUCACAUGGAUAAAACAGUUGUUCGUCUUGCUGAUAUUCUUCAGUCUUAUCUGGAGUUCCUUCAGCCUUUUGUAGAAAAAAUUCACAUGCAUCCCGGACAGAUGAAAUCUGCCGGAAGACAGGAAGCUUUGGUUCUGAGGAAGCAUCUUAUAAGAGUCUUUGAUCAUCCCCUUUGCCAUCUAAUCUUAACAUACUACCCUGAAUCAGACAAAGUCAAGCCUGAUAGUCGACUGUGUGCAGAGCUAGCAAUGAUGCUGCUGUCUAAAGUUGUCACAGAUUUUCACAAGCUCUUUCAAUAUGCUAAAUUGCAGACCAAAAAACCUGAUAAAAUUACACUGCCUGAGAAAAAGAGUGAAGAAGAAUAUGACAAUGAGGAGAACGAGCAAAAGUUGAACCCAACUUCCGAAUCCGGCAAUGAAGUAACUGGUGUAGUGGAAACCUGGGAUUUUAAGAUGGACAUCUCCAACUUAUCGUGUUCAUGUUUGGUCUAUCUCGUCCAUGUGGAGCAGCUGGGUAUAGAUAAAUUUCCUUUUAUUUACAGGCAUGACUACACGUUAGAGUUUCAUCUUGAUGAUAUCAUAUGUCUCCUCAAAAACCCUUAUUACCCAAUCAAUUUCAAGGGUUUGCUUCUUUGUCAGAGGCUCCUCACCUUGGUGCUGAAGCAUUCAAUUUCAUCAGAAUACCUGGACAACCAAGGCUACAUGGCUUUACUCAAUGAAAUCAUCUCUAUUAUGAUAAACUGCCCUGUCCGAGAUCACAGGACCUUGGCCACAAAAAUCUUUCCUCUGUUCAUCAGCAAGUUUGAUGCGUGUGGCCGCUAUCAGAUUUACCAGAACGUUCUCUCCUCGUGCUCACAUUCUGGUAUGAAGGGCUACCUCAUUACGUUCCUCAAGAAUGACAUUGAUGAGAGCUUGAAGAAGGUCAGACAGGACCAAGCAUUGAACAAAGCCCCCACUGGUAAUAUAUCUGAGACAUGCUUUGUUGGAAAACGUCUUCAAAAAAUUCUCAAGUUAGCCUUGGAUUUGCCAGAAAAAGAAACCACUGACAUGCUGGAAAACUCAGACCAAAUCAUUUCAGCGCUGAAUCUGCUACGGUUUCUUGUCAUCGCUGACGCCAAGCCCUCUAAUCUCACUGGGUUUUGGAAUUUUGAAAUUGAAAUUGAAAGUGAUUUUUUGUCACCCUUGAGACGAGGCCUUGACCUUAGUAAAGCUCAUUAUGAACUAGAGCUGGACACUUUAUGCCAAGGGAGAGAAACAAACACCAACAAAAAUAACAGUCCAGAGAUGUCAUUAAGUAUCAGUGGAAUGUCUAUGUCUGAAAUGUCUAAAAAGGAAAAGAUUGAGUUGAUAGGGAAAGCAUUGAACACUCACCAUAUUAUCAAUAGUCUUAUCUGUAGAGUGUCUGAGUUAUUGGAACAGCAGAAAUUUAAAUAGAAAUAAAACACUCACAUAUUAUCAAUAGUCUCAUUUGCAGUUACUGGAACAGCAGAAAUUGAAAUAGAAUUAUUUUAAGAGCAAUAUUUUUCUGUUUUCUUUGGUCAUGUUAGUUCCACAAACCUGGGUUUUAGAUUUAUAGUGUAGUUGCCAAUAUUGUACUUUACGAGACCUAAGACAAGGAGACUCACUGUCUUGUAUGCUAUUUAACUUAACAUUAGAGAUAGUUUUAAGAAACAUGCAUAUUGACACCCAAGGAACAAUAAUGAGAUACUUUUUGAGGGAGACCCAAUACCCACAACAGAUAGACACUCUCUACAAUCAAUCCCUGCAGUAUCUUGCAUUUACUGAUGACAUAGCACUGUUAGGGAAAAGUAGUAAAGACAUAUCAAAAGCCUUUAUUUAAUUAUAAAACGCAUCACUACAGCAAGCAGGGCUGGAAGUUAACAAACCAAAACAAAAACUACAUGACUAUGUUAAGAGAAGAACAGACAUAUGAAACCAUUAAAAUUAGAAACCACACUUUUGAAAAAGUAAAUCAGUUCAAAUACCUAGGAUCUUUAUUAAAUGAAAGAAAUGAAUUACUAAUGGAAAUAAAAGAAAGAAUAUCUGCCGGAAACGAGGCAUAUUUCAGUACUGAGUAGUCGGUAAUACUCAAAAGUAAAAACAAGAAAAGCAAAGAAAACUUUUUAUAAAACUGUAAUCAGAUCAGUUGUAACAAGCAAGUGAAACUUUGACCCUAACAAAAUGUAUAGCCUAUAUCAGGAUGUCACGCUAGUAGUAGAAAUAAAAAAAAGGCAGAAUGCCAAAUGACAGAGGAGUGAAGAGGGUGCACCACCAAAACCCCAGAGGAAAAUGGCUCAAAGGCAGGCUAAGCCUAGAUGAAUGGAUGAUGUGGAAAAAGAUCUACAGCAGCUGGGAAUCCAAGCAUGGGAAAGAAAAGAUUAAUUGGGUCUGAGUGAAAGGAAGUGGUAAGGCAUGCCAAAGCCCUAUAUGGGCUGUAGCGCCACAGGGAUGGAUGGACGAUAUUGUAGUUUAAGAGAAUUUUUCAAAAUUAACUUUUAAUGAGCUCUCCACUGUGCUUGUUAAGUGGUAUGAAUGGAUGAAAGUGUCAUCACUGAUGCUUUUAGAUAGAGAUCAAUAAAACCAAUGAAAUAUUUAUAUUUUUGGGAUCUGGGUGGUAUAGUUUCAAUUUCAAUUUUUUUCAUAAUUGAAAUGUUAAUGAAAUGUGUUCAUAGGA